UCUCACCGGAACAUCCGACCACGACGCUCUGCGCCCGCCCUUGAACCCACGUCGACGAGCACGGAUGGCUUCUUCUUCUUCCUCCAGCCGCGCAUCAUCAUGGCAGACAUUAUGAGCGCAGCAGUGCCCGUCGGCUCCAUCGUCUUCUCCGUAUUCGCCCUCCUCAUCAUCUCCGUCGCCGUCCUCCUGAUCCUGCGACACUACCUCCCGCUGCGCACCACGCCCGCCUUCUACCUCGUUCCAAUCUUCUUCGCGCUGUGGUUGCCUCUCGUCGCCAUCAUCUUGGUCCCCAUAGACCUGGCGUCGAGCGCCGCCACGGACGACGAGGCGACGCGCGGGAUCUGGCUCCCUCAGAGGGUGGUUCUGGUGGCCUGGCGCAUCACGUACUGGCUCACCUUUGUCCUGACAUGGUUCAUACUUCCCAUCCUUGCCGAAUAUUCCGAUGCUGGAUACCGCGAGCCCAACGACAAGCUACGAUACUCGUUGCGCCAAAAUGCCCAGUUUUAUGCUAUUGUCGCCACGGCGAGCAUCGUGGGCCUCGUCUACGUCGCAAUCGCAUACCGUCUCACGUUCGAUUUAUUGAAAGGUUUGGUCAUGGCGCUUGCGUAUUGCUGGGGCCUGUUCCUCGCCAUUUAUUUGAUGGGCCACGGGCUGGUGUCGAUCCCGAGGCAGCUCAUCCGCAGCGCAAGCGUCAGUGGCAGGCUGCGCCGCUUGCAAAGCCGCGCUCCGAUCGCUCACGAAAAGAUGGAGGACGCACUCGUCACCCUCCAGGAGAUCGAACUCCAGGUCAAGGAGCUGGGCCGGCGGAAGACGGGCACCGCCAUGGACUUUCAGGACUGGAUAGAGGAGCUCCAAGACCUUGCCAACGUUUCGAUUAGCCAGCCUCCGCCUUCCAUUGCGCCUAUGACAAGCACAGACCGCAUUAUCCCUUCGGUCGUUACCGAAAAGUACCUGGCGGACCUCACACGGAAGCUCGUCCGCGCACGGCACGCCCGGUCGCGGUACGUGGACGAAUGGGGUCGGCUAGUGCACGAGGCGUCAGAAAUGCAGACGAUUCUCGACUCAGCAGCGUCUACAAAGCUGGACUUUGGCCAAGUUUCGCCUCAUGCUAGGUUCUGGGAAACGACAGCCAUUUUAACGCCAUACACGCGGUACCUCUGCUAUUACCACAUCUUCCCAUAUGCGCGCUUGGGACUUGGCUUCUUCCUGGCUGCCGCCUCUGCCUGCAUCGUCUGGUCCGAAUUCGCUAAGUUCCCCUUUCCCAUGCUCUCCGUGGUCCGUCUCAGCGUGAUCCACCACUGGGUGGGCAAUAAGGCGCAGGUCGGCUUUGCGGGUCAGAUGAUCUCAGCCUUUUGGAUCUGCUACAUGUGCGCCGCUGCCCUUACUUCUAUGACUGAGGUCAAGGUCUGGCGCGGGCGAGCGCUGGUCAAGCGCAAUACGGCGCAUGAGGCGGCGUUCUGGUACGCCACGCAGGUGGCCAAACUCUGCGUGCCGCUAUCAUACAACUUCUUGACGCUUCUCACGUCCGAGGUGUACGAGAAGACGACCUUUUACAACUUCCUCGGGAGGCUGAUUAACUUUACGGACCUCGGGCGGUGGUUCGAUAAAAUCUUUCCCAUUGUCGUACUGAUCCCCGUCGUGGCGACGCUGUUUGGUUUCUACGGCAAGGUCAAGCGGUUCUUCGUGGGCAUCGACAUCAUCGACGAGGAGGAUGGUAGCCCCUCCAACUAUGGCACGGGGUCCUGGCGAGAGGGCCGUGAUCUCAUCGAGCGGGAGUUGGGCGGCAACUCGCUCUUGCGGCGGCGAGAGGACGCCAUAGCCAGGCUCUCUGGCGCCGGGGCCGGCAACAACAUCGUCGGCCGCUCCGUCCCCAUUCUAUCGGUUCCCUCCGCGAGGGACUCGGCCGCCUCUCCCGCGAGGUCCCCCAUGCGAUCCUCCACCACCAAUCCGCGGCGCCACGCGAGCCAGUCUUCCUCGGCGCGCGUACCGCCCUUCUCCGACGAUCCGCCCGAGGACGAUAACAUCUUCCAGAUCCUCGGCCACCGCAUGAAGAACACCAUGGACACCAUCGAGACUCCAAAGUGGAUGCAGGACCUGGGAAGCGGCAUCAAGAAGCCCAAGUGGAUGGGCAGCAACGCCGGCGGCGACGACAGCGGAAGCGCCGGGCUAAGCAGCGGCGGUGGCGGUGGCGGCGGCGACAUCCGGAGGUGGUUUGGCGGCGGUAGUGGUGGCGACGGUAGUAGUAGUACCGGCGCCGGCAGGGGGCAGAUCCGUAUCUGAUGCCUGAUGAUGGAUAUUUGCUGCUUUUUCUUGGAUACGAGCCUGUUUGAGAUUGCAUUGUUGCGGCGUUCUUGGACCUUCCUCCAGCCAGGGAAUCAGCCCCUUUUGGUCGGAUCACCAUAGACUUUCGAACCAUAGCCCCUCCAAAACCACUCUCUGUCUGUAUUCUGCUAUGUAUUGAGGCUUUACAUGUAUGAUGCUGCGUUUUGAUGCCAACGUCAUAAAUCGUGAGUCAUCAUGGGUGAAGGAGGGGACAAAAACAUAUACCAGAAAACCAGCCUAAUCGUCCGUGAUCCAAAAC